UCCUUUUCUCAACAAACCUAUAAUCAUUUUUAUUAUUUUCCUCUCCUUUUAGCUUCGCUAGAAAACGCUAGAACUUCUAAGCUCAUUCAAUAGUUAUUCAUGAUGGACUCACUCAAACAACUAUUUUUCCUCUUAUGUCUUCCCCUUGUCCUUGUACUUCUCUCAGGACAAAUGGGGCUGCUAUUAACUGAGGCUCGGUUGCAACGUGACCAGUUCAAUUAUCCCCCAACAAAACUGUUCGUUUUUGGGGACUCAUAUGCUGAUACCGGCAACACUAGAAAAGAUUUACCUGGUUCAUGGAAAGACCCUUAUGGCAUAACCUUCCCCGGAAAACCUGCUGGAAGAUUCUCCGACGGCAGAGUUUUUACUGAUUACAUUGCUAAGUAUUUGGGACUCAAAUCGCCCCUCCCCUACGAAUUGAGGAAUCUGAUGCCACAACAUAUGAAAUAUGGGAUGAACUUUGCCUUCGGUGGAACCGGUGUCUUUAAUACGUCCUCUACAAACCCAAAUAUGACAAUCCAGAUCGAUUUCUUCAAGCAGAUCAUCGAAGAAAAAUUGUACACUGCCUCAGAUCUCAGUAACUCUUUUGCCUAUAUCUCCGUUGCUGGAAAUGACUACAAUUUUUACUUGGCCACAAAUGGGUCUGCCCAGGGUUUCCCGUCUUUCAUUGCGUCAGUGGUUAAUCAAACAACAAAAGAUCUAAUUCGCAUCAAAGGGUUGGGAGUGAAGAAAAUAGUUGUGGGUGGUCUACAACCCCUUGGUUGCCUUCCUCUAAUCACAACCUCAUCCUCGUUCCAACGUUGCAAUGAUACGUUUAACAACCUUGUAGUUCUCCACAACAACUUGUUAAACCAAGCUGUGACCAAGUUGAACCAAGUAAGCAAGGAUAAUUCAACCUUCGUAAUUCUUGACCUUUACGACAGUUUCAUGUCAGUGCUGAACCACACAUUGACCAAUAACAUUAAGGAUAAGUUAAAACCAUGCUGUGUUGGGGUAAGCAGCCAAUAUUCUUGUGGAAGCGUUGAUGAGAACAACGUGAAGAAAUAUAAGGUUUGUGAUAAUCCCAAAUCAGCUUUCUUUUGGGAUGUGUUUCACCCAACGCAAGCAGGUUGGCAUGCUGUGUGUAACAAGUUAAAGACAAUGAGUGUUCUUCAUCAACUUCGAUACUAG